UGGCUGAAGAAGAUUGGCAAGAAAAUUGAACGCAUUGGCCAGCACACACGGGAUGCCACCAUCCAGGUCUUGGGCAUUGCUCAACAGGCAGCGAACGUUGCGGCCACAGCCAGGGGCUAAUUAUUUAUAGAAUCUAUUAUUAUUUAUU